AUGGCCUCAGGUCUUGCGCCCUUCCUUGUGAAAGGCAAGACUGCAAUCGUCACUGGAGCAGGGUCUGGUAUGCAGCUCAAUAUUUCAAGGUGUAUGCCAGAUGUUCUUACUAUCAANGCAGGCAUCAAUCUUUGCUUUGCUUCUCUUUUGCUCUCGCGAGGUUGCAAUGUCGUUUUUGCCGACCUUGGCUUGCGUCCGGAGGCCAAAGCCAUAACCGACAAGUAUUCUCAGAGAUCUACUGGUCAACCUCGAGCCUUCUUCCAGAAAACAGAUGUCACAGACUGGACACAGCUCUCACGGAUGUUCGAGGUGGCUCAAGAAGAGUUUGGUGGUACCGACCUUGUGUGCCCGGGUGCAGGCGUCUUCGAACCAAAAUGGUCCUCCUUUUGGCAUCCACCUGGAUCUUCAGAAUCCAAGGACACCGUUGAUGGGGAUCGCUAUGCAUCUCUUGACAUUAAUCUCACUCAUCCGAUCAGAACUUCUCAGCUUGCCAUCUCGGCAUUCCUGUCUCACCAAUCUAAGGCGACCCCUCAGAAUCCUAAGCGUAUCGUCAUGAUUAGUAGUGUAGCCGGCCAGGGUGCUUCUUUGAUGGUACCUUUGUAUCACGCUGCCAAACAUGCUGUCGUCGGCUUCACGCGCUCUUUGGCCGGCUUAGACGAGAAGUAUGGCAUUCGUGUCAAUGCAUGUUGUCCCGGAAUCAUCAAGACACCUCUCUGGACAGACAACCCCGACAAAAUGAAGUAUUUCGACGAGGAAAAAGAUCUUUGGGCUACCCCAGAAGAGGUUGCGGAGGCAAUGUUGACUCUGGUCGAAGAUGAGAGUAUGGUGGGAGGAACCAUCUUGGAAAUCGGGCAUUCCGUUACACGUGUGGUCCCUAUGUUCAAUAACCCAGGACCGAANGGGGCAGCCACCUCGAUUACCGGAAGCAUUAGUCUUAUAGAAGAGGUGUAUGACACACUGGGCGAAGAAGGCUGGGGAAAGUCCCGUUGA